UACUAUUGAUCGCUUAAAGAGCCAAAGAGAAAGUGCGAGAAAACUCUCAAGAAAGUCCGAGAAAAAGAAAAAGAAUCAAAGGUAUCUUCUUUCUUCCUGUUUGAGCCUGUUUGCGUGGUGUUUGUUCUGGUAAAUUAUAUUGGACAAUGGUUGUUGAAGCCGAGGUUGUGCGCCAACAGAGCGUGUCGUUGUUGGAUGUUCAGGAUAUUAAUCCAGCAGACAUGAUUCCUGAUGCUGCUCUUGAAUCUUCCAUCCUGCAAUUUGUGCCCAGCAUACGUUCUGGUAGCUUCUCUGACAUUGGUCGUCGAAGAUUCAUGGAAGAUGAGCAUAUAUGUAUAGAUGAUCUAUCCUCACACUUGGGAUCAUCUUUUAAGUUUCCCAAACCAAGUGCUCUUUAUGGGGUAUUUGAUGGUCAUGGAGGACCUGAAGCAGCAGCUUAUAUCAGAAAUAAUGUAGUCAGACUCCUUUUUGAGGAUGUCAACUUCCCCCAAACAUCUGAAGUUGAUGAUGUUUACUUGGAAGGGGUUGAGAACUCACUCCGGAAAACAUUUCUUAUGGCUGACCAAGCCUUAGCAGAUGACUGCAGUGUGAGCAGCUCUUCAGGGACGACGGCUAUUACUGCUCUGAUAUUUGGAAGGUUUCUCGUGGUUGCCAAUGCUGGUGAUUGCAGAGCAGUUCUCUGCCGGAAAGGUGAGGCAUUUGAUAUGUCUGAAGACCACAGGCCAGUUUAUCCAUCAGAGAAGAGGCGAGUUGAAGAAUUAGGUGCGUACAUUGAUCGCGACGGGUAUCUCAAUGGUGAUAUAUCAGUUAGCCGAGCAUUGGGGGACUGGGAUAUGAAGUUCCCUGGUUCUCCUUCGCCUCUCAUUGCGGAGCCAGAGUUCCGGCAGAUGUUUCUCUCUGAGGAUGAUGAAUUCCUCAUCAUUGCGUGUGAUGGAAUUUGGGAUGCGAUGUCAAGUCAGCAGGCAGUUAGCUUUGUUCGUCGUGGGCUUCGGCGGCAUGAUGACCCAGAGCAGUGUGCAAGGGACCUUGUCAAGGAAGCCUUCGAUCUCAACACAAUUGACAACCUCACUGUGAUUGUUGUAUGCUUCUCGGAGCCAUCACCACCUCGGCAAAGGAGGUUUAGGUACUGUAGCCUAUCUCCAGAGGCCCUUUAUAGCUUGGGGAGCUUGCUGGAUGGCAGUGCCAGCAACUGAAUGUAUAUAAAUUUGUCGAAUAAAAUCUCCCUUUUACUGUUUAGUCUAAAUAUAAUCCCUUCAGAAGACAAUAAAUACUGUUUUUGGCUGCUUCAGAUAGAUGGGAGAAAAAGCAGCUAGCAGUUUUGUAGGUGCUGACUAUUCAGCUUUACAUGGUGCAACUCCGGGCUGAUGUACAUAACCAUUGCAUGGGGAUGGUGGUGGUGGUGGUGUAGAGAUGUUGUAUACUGAUACAUUACAUGUUCAAAGUCAUCAUCGAUUCAUUUUUUGACAUGAACAGUUGAUAAAUAGCAUUUUCGUCCAA